AUGGAUUCAAAUCAUCCUACACGAACUUUCACAAACACCGACGAUACGUUGGUGGUCGCUCUUGUUGUCAUCGUUGUUGUUGUAGACGUUACUGUCAAAUCUGUUGGUGCAGCAAUUCCAUUUUUUGCUGCUCUUCCCGCUUUCUUUGUCGACUAUUGUAAAGAAAUAUCGAAUGCCUAUCGACUCCUUGUUUCGGAGGUCACGUUUGCAAUUAUAACCUCAAAUAGAAACUCGUCAUCAAACAGACACCCACGUAGAG